AUGUCGGCUUCGAGCGCCGCGUUCCGGCGGUCCCUGGUGAAGCCAUCGUUCGGCGGGUCUCCUAGCGGACCGGAAGCGACCCAUGAUCUGGCGGCUGCCGUUCAUCUGGCCCUGUCGCUGUAUCAGCUGGAGGUUUGUGAGGUUUCGCUCAGCUACCACUACGCGGUGCUGGCGUUGGAGCUGCUCAGCGAGUCAGCUUCGCACCGGUUGGUCAUCGACGUGUGCCGUCAGUUGGCUCGCGCUUGUCUGGCGCGACAGUUUUACGCCAAAGCCAACCACUUGCUGCGCCAAGCCAUUGCCCGGGCGGGCGAGUGGUUCGGCAAGCAGAGCGCUCAGUACGCGGAGACCCUCGAGGACUACGCGAUGUAUUUGCUGGCGCGCGACAACGUGACCGACUGUGUGAACGUGUUCUCGGAGGCCCAGCAAAUCUAUCUGCGGCUUUACGGCUCACGGAACUUGCUGCUUGCGCAUGCCCAGGGAAACAUCGUGUUCGGGCUGUGCCUCCAGGCGUACGUCAUCGGUCGGGUGGACCAGGCGAUGCACCACGUCGAGAAGACGAUGGCCAACUUCGCGCGCAUCCUGCCCGCCGGGCAUCGGUUGCUGGUGCAGGGACGACGGUUACGAACGACGAUGGGACUGCUGCUGUUCGGGCUGGACACAGGCAGCCGAUGGACGCACGAAGACGAGCACGGCCAGGAUUUGCAGAGGGUCGAGAAGUUGAGCGAGAAAGAACGGGCUCUACCGGUAGGCGCUUUGCGCCGUGGGUUCUACCUUUGUUAG